AUGACCGCCGACGAGCAGCCGCCCCGAGCGGGGACGAUCACGGCGCCCGACCUGGCCCUCCUGCGCCGCCUGGCCCUCGGCCCCGGCGGGUUCUCCCAGCCGGCAGCCCUCCUCGCCCGGCUCCGACAGCUCCUCGCCGACUCGCCCCAGCUCGAGCCGCCGUCCACGACCCUGCUCGAGGCGCUCGACCCCGCCGUCUGCCAUCGCAAGCUGCUCUGGUCGCUCGUGCUCGGCGUCCCUCUCCAUGCGUCCAGGAAGAAGGAGGAAGAAGAGGCCGCCGGGGAGACGACGGCGGAGGCGCAUCGCGAUGAGCGGCAGGUCGAGCUGGACAUCAACCGCUCCUUCGUGUACUAUCCCCAACGUGAGCACCCGCCGGGCUUCCUGAUCGACGCUGUUAUCGAGCUGAGGACGACCGGGCAAGGGUUUGCAGAUAUCUCGGCGCCCGUGAAGCAGGAGCUGCGCGCCACGCUGAGCCGGGUCAUCGUCACGAUCCUGCGCCGGUUCCCGAAGCUGAACUACUUCCAGGGCUACCACGACAUCGUCUCGAUCUUCCUGCUCAACUUCCUCGCCCUGGACCCCGACCAGGCGAGCGGCGCUCUGGACGGGCCGGCGCGAGAUGAGGACCUGUGGCUGUUGGAGGAAACCGUGCAGAAGUUCACCCUGCACCGGAUCCGGGACAGCUUGACGAGCGACCUCUCGCCGAUCAUGGGCUAUCUAAGAUACACGCAGGUGCUGCUAGAGCAGGAGGACCCGGGGCUCGCGGCGCUGAUCUCGCAGAGCUCGAGUCUGCCGCUGUUCUCGCUGUCGUGGAUCCUGACGCUGACGGCGCACGACCUGCGGAGCCUGGGGGUGGUCUCGCGGGUGUUCGACUUCCUGCUGUGCCACCCGCCGGUGAUGAUCUGCUACCUGGCCUGUGCGAUCUGUCUCAGCAAGACGGCCGAGGUGGCCGGGCUGGUCCGGGAGGCCGAGGCCGAGGGCGGCCCCGUCGACCUCGACCUCGUCCACCUGCGCAUGGCCGCCUUGCCCCCGUUGACGAUGGACGACGGCGACGAUGGGCCGGGAAAGGAAGAGGCGGACGAGCGAGCGUCGGCGGACGUGGAUGGCCCCGCCGAGGAGCCACGGGCCGGGGAGCAGGAGGACCGGGGCCUGCCGGUGGACGCGCUGCUCCGGUCGACCCUGGCGCUGUACGGGCGGCACCGGCCGGGCGAGGCGCGGCUCAAGCUGGCGACGAUCAUGGGGCCGAUGAGCUGCAUCCACACCUGGCCGGCGUCGCAGACGGGGCGGCUGACGGAUGCCGAGCCCGGGAAACGAGGCCCAGGCGGGGAGAACGAACGCCGCCCACCUCCCCGCGGAGCGAAUCCCGUCCCAGAUCCCACCAGCACCCUCUCCACUGGACCACCCCCACCCCCCGAGCCGGCCCAGCUGCGCUCGCCCUUCGAGCCCAAGGACGGCCAGCAGCUCGGCCCAUCGCCGGCCGCCUCGCCCGAUCUUCGCACGAACCGCCCAUCGACUGCCCAGGGAAGAGCGGCCGACGACGAGCCGAGCGACAUCAAGGAGAACCUGGCCUUCUGGUCCUCCAGGUCCGCCGCCUGGACCCCCAAGACCGCCGCAACCCCCGCCACCACCUUCGUCAAGCUCAUCGCACGCGCAGACAUCCUCGCCCUCCCCCCCAUCGUCUCCAUCGACUUCGUCCAGCGCUUCUUCGCCUACCAUGUCGCCGCCGCCCUCGUCCGCCUCUUCCAGCACAACAACCAUCCCCUCCCCGACUCGCUUCUCGCCCGCACUCGCAGACUCAAGCUCCGCCUGGACACGCCCUGGGAGACCUUGCAAGCCAACUUCCUCAAAGCUCGUCAACUGUUUAUCUCCAACAGAGAAGCCGGUCUGCCGCCCGACCCGAGUCUGCGCAGCUACGUCGUGCCGUUUGCGGACCUAGAGGAGAUCCACCAGAAGGCGGCCAAGCUGCGCGAGCAGGCACGGCUGGAGGCGCAGGGCCACUUCGACCGUCUAGUUCCCGGCCGGCGCGGGCCUGCUCCCCCCCUCAUCCCGCCCGCACUCCUGCCCUCGCCGGCGACGGACCCCAGUCGAGCCGAUUCGGCUGCCCCGACCAGCCACGAGAGUCUGGAUGGGCCUCCACCGACAAUCCCCGCGCCUGCGCUCCCGGAUGAUGCUUCUGCCGAGCUUGGAGAGCCACAGCACGCGUCUGCUGGCCCGGCCGAGGCGUCGUCGGCAGAUCAGACGCCGAUCCCGCCGGUUGCGCCGGCCGCUCUCGAGCCUGCGCCCGCCCACCAGGCCCCGGAUCGAUCGCCGAGUGCUCCGGAGCUGGAGGACGCGGAUCUGGCGGCCCUGGCGGGGCUGGUGGGUGGGACGAGUGCCAACUCGGCGACCCCGCUGGCGACGAGCGAUCCCAGGAGGCCCAGCGACCCCGGCGGUAGUCUUCUUCCUGCAGGGCCCGCGCCUGCUGCCCCGCGCCUGGCCCUCGAUGCACCCGCCCCGGAGACGCCCGCCGGCCCCUCCACUGCCGUCCCAGCCUCGUGCACUUUCACCCGCCGCGUCCUCCACAGACUCUCCAUCCCCGGCCCCGCGCAGGCUUCCCCCCUCUCCCCCCUCCAGCAGCUCCAGUUGCUGGAGGCCCAACGACAGUCUCUAUCCGCAGAGAUCAGUCCAAAUCAAGAAUCAUUCCCGACUGCUGAGCUGCUUCGACGACCGAUCCAGCCCUCUUACAGCGGCUCGCCCGUGGGCACGCUGACGACUCGAGCAGAGAACUAUCCUCUAGUUAGCAGCAGCAGCACCUCGCCCGCCGUCCCGGGGGUGCAUGGACCACCAGAGGAGACCGGGCCGCCUCCAUUGACAGAGCUGCAGCUCCAAGCACGCCAUUCGCAGGAGCUUGCGGCGCUCGAGCAACAAUACUUCCGCUGCGUCAAUCAGGUCGAGGGUCAGUUCAACGAGUACAUCCGCGCCCAGCCCGACCCCCUCUUGCGCAUCCGGGCCGCCCAGCUCCGGGAACAGAAACUCGUCGACGGCAAGGCUCGCUACGACCAGUUCAUGAUCAACACUGUCGCCAGACACCGCGCGGAGUCCCCGUCCAUUGCCCCCGUCCACAUGCACCACCACCAUCCUCUUCCGCCGCCCCCCAACGACCCUUCCCAGGCCCUUCCCAACGACGCCGAGCUGGAGAUCGAGAUCCUGAGCUCGACCGCGCCCUCGGACCAGCCCGGUGCCGAAGCCGGCACCAGUGGGGCUGGCGAGCCAGACGAAGAAGCAUCGGGCACUGCCGUCCCCUCGUCGUCGGCGAUCCCUGGGGAAGACAUCGCAGCUCCUGGCCACGAAGACGAGGCUCCCGUCGCCGCCAUCCCUCGCGCCCUCCUCCCCCCGCCCCAGCAGAAGGAGACGCCGCCGCAGGCCGAUCAUGGGCAGCCUCAAGAGGAGCCCCUUCUUCCCCCGUCCUACUCCGGCCGCUAUCCGCCCUCUCAGCCCCCCUCAACCGACCCGUCCCACACAACCGAGCCUCGCCACUCAACCGACCCGUCCCACACAACCGACCCGUCCCACCCAACCGAGCCUCCCCACCCAACCGACCCGCGCCGCCGCUGCGGCCCCUAUGGACCGGAUGCGCUGGACAUGGAGGCCUACCUCGCCAAGUGGAUCACCAUCCCGCUUCCUCGUCGCUAA